CUGUGCGAGCGGGGAUGUAGAGGUGGGAUCGCGAGCACCGAGGAAGCUGGGGGAACCCACGCGUUCAGCCUCCGAGAAAGUACGCUUUUCCCAAAAUAACUGACUGGUGAAUAAUUUUUUUCUUCUUCUCACAUUUUGUCAUUAACGGACAGCCACUCUGUGGGAUUGUGUUUCCGGAGAAUAAGCUUCCCCCCCCCCUUUUCCUUCCACCCUCUGGGUUUUUUGUCACCAUUCUGCACGGCAGGCUGAGAGACGGACCGCUCGGACUGAGGGAGCCCUCCCCUCCGCCCGGAUCGGCUUUGGUAGUUUGCAGACGACCCAUGGAAGAACGUGGAUGAGGGCUGAGCUAUAGUGCGGGCUGAAGGCUCCGGGGCCUGCCUGUUGGCUGGUUGGCUGGUUGGUCCAUUGAAGUGAGGCACCACUCUCACCAGGACACAGAACGGACCGAGGAAAGGUCUCUGCUCCCCCUCCUCGCUCACCCCUGCUCCCUUUCCACCCUCACCCCCAACCCAGGCACGUACGCUCUGGACCAUGACUACCAGGCUGUCGGAGGGGGGCCGGACAGAGGACCUGGAGCGAGGUAGCUGCAAGCAGGACUCUCCUGUUAUUGAGCGCAGGAACCGCAGUGGCAUCCUCAGUGAGCCGCUCAGUAAGAGCCUUAAGAACUCCCGUACCCUCUCCCAGUACAAAUCAGUCUCUUCUGCCACCACUAAUGGACACAGGGACAAUACUGAGAGUAAGCGCCAUUCGGCCAAGCCUCAGCCACCCCCGCAACCCCAGCCCACUGUCUCUGCACUCACAGCAGCCAAGUUGGACCGAACCCUAGAACAGGUUCUAGAGGGACAGAAUGGCCUGCUGCACUUUGCCCAGGCAGCAGCACUGUUAAAGCGGGCCGGUAUGGAGCACAUGCUCCUGCCCGGGGGCAUGGGAGUGGGAGUUGGCGGCGGAGACGCAGGCUCGGGGGGUAGCGACUUGGAGGGUACGUCUGUCACGGACGCCGUAGGUGGUCCUGUUGACUUCCCAUAUGGAGUAGGGGGUGGCUUCCCCUUCAACCCCGGGCUUUUCAUCAUGACGCCGGCUGGAGUGUUUCUGGCAGACAGCGCUCUACACAUGGCCAGCCUGGCCGAGUACCCGGCGCAGAGCGAGCUGGCCUCUGCUAUCAACUCCGGUAAAAAGAAGCGAAAACGUUGCGGCAUGUGCCCACCUUGCCGCCGGCGGAUAAACUGCGACCAGUGCAGCAGCUGCCGGAAUCGCAAAACAGGCCACCAGAUCUGCAAGUUUCGCAAAUGUGAGGAACUGAAGAAAAAACCAUCUGCUGCUCUGGAGAAGGUGAUGCUGCCUACAGGAGCGGCGUUCCGGUGGUUCCAGUAGGACUCGUCCUCCUCUCCCUACCCAAAGCUCUGCCAUCAAGUGCAAUGCCAACUCCUGGAUUGUCUCCCGGAACGGACACUGGCUUAUAAAACAAACAAGCAACAAACAAAAAAACAUAGGAAAAAAAAACAGACAAAAAAACAAAAGCUAAAAACAGAAGAAAAAAAAAAUCAAUCGGGUAAUGGAUGCACCUACUUAUUCCUUGAACCAAAAAUGAAGCAUAAAGAAAAGCAUCUAUGGCAACUUUCAUUCCCUUUUCUAUGUUUCCCAUUUUGGUACCUUUUGUCCUUUUUCCAGCAGUUUUUCUUUUUUUCUUCCGUUGCUUAAACAUGGAACUGUUCAUUACCAGAAACAGAAAUGACGGACUGAGUGUGGACAAUCAACUAAUUUCUGUGUUUGGUGUUAAUGUUGUUCAUGUGUGGAAAGAUACAGUACUUGUGUAGAGAAUGUAAAUUUACAGCUAUAUUUUAAAACUAGUGGCUAAUGGCAAACAUUAUUGUAAUUCUUCACCGUUAUGUUACCCUUGUCGAUUUUAUGACUCGUAAACGGACCAGUGGUCGUCUUUGAGAAGGCUAACGAAAAUGUUGAUUUGGAACUUGGAUGAAAUUUUGAAAAUUAAAAUGUCACGCUAUCGGGCAGAUCUCCAGCGACCCGUCACCGGGUUGAAGACGCAGUUCACCAGAGCCUCAAUCGGCCCUCCUCUCUUCCUUUAUAGUGAAACUGGCAGCCUUACGUUACUGUGGCCCUACUGAGCACGUGCCAAUGCUGCACAGGGCAAUAGCACUAAGAGACAGCACUUGCUCUGAGUCAACCCUGCUGAACGCACUGAGACAAGAUUACAUUUGUUUUUUUAUUUUUGUUUUUUUUGUUUGUUUUUGUUAUAUUUUCAUGUUGUUGUUUUUUUUCUUCCAGUUACGUUGCUGGGUAGCUACAGCUUUUAAAAAUAACCAAUCUUUGUAUUCGUUUAGAAAAAUUGGACUGGUUUUGUGAAUAAAAAGGAAUGCAUGUAUUUGUGUCGAAAAUUUA